GUUUUAAUUUAUGGGUAAAAAAAUUAAAAAGGGAAAGGAAGGACCAGUUAAAGAAUAUGUAUCUAGAACUAAAGCUCUCAAAAAACUAUAAGUCAAUCUAAAGGAUUUCAGAAGACUUUGCAUCUUAAAAGGAAUUUACCCAAGAGAACCACCUUAAAAAUUAAGAAAAUAACAUAAAACAUAUUAUCAUAAUAAAGAUGUUGCUUUUCUUAAAAAUGAGUCUAUACUAGAUACAUUUAGACAAAGAUAAGCUCAUUUAAAAAAAAUAAGAAAAGCAUUAACUAGAGGUGAUAAAUUAAAAGCUGGUAGAUUAAGAAGAAAUUAACCAAAAGAUAAAUUAGAUCAUUUGGUUAAAGAAAGAUAUCCAACAUUUAUUGAUGCAUUAAAUGAUCUUGAUGAUCCAUUAUGUUUAAUAAGUCUUUUUGCAUCAUUCCCUACACAUAAAGAACUUCAUAUACCUAAUACAUUAAUUAGAAACUGCUAAAAAUUGAUCAGUCAAUUUUAAUUAUAUGUAGCAGCUCACAAUUGUUUAAGAAAAGUAACAAUAAAUACUUAUAUUUUAGGUAUUCCUUUCUAUAAAGGGUAUUUAUUAUUAAGCUGUAAUCUAAGGAGCAAAUAUUACAUGGAUUAUGCCAUAUCCUAUUUAAGCUUCAUUACCUUUAGAUGUAGAUUAUAAAAUUAUGAUGACAUUUCUUGAGUUUUAUUAAGUUUUGAUUAAAUUUGUUGACUUUAAACUUCUUGGUUAAGAAAUUGAUAUUAUUGAUUUUAGUGAUGAAGUUAAAAAAUUAAAAUCAAAUACUUCAAAUGAUUAGUAUAUUUAUUUAAUAUUUUUAGAAUCGAAAUUGAUGAAGCUUUUAAAGAAGAUCCAACAAUGUAAUAAUUAGAUUAGUAAUAAUAAGAAACUAAAAAAUAUUCUCAAUUAUUUAAAGGAUUAAAGUUUUUCUUAUAUCCAGAAGUACCUAAAGCAUCAUUAGAAUUUGUAAUAUUGAGUUUUGGAGGAGAAGUUAUGUGGGAAAAUGACAAUAAAAAUUCAUAAUUGACUGAUCCAAAAAUAACUCAUAUUAUUACUGAAAGAUAAGUUCAAAAAAAUAAAAAAAGGGAAUAUAUCUAACCAUAAUGGAUUUAUGAUUCCAUUAAUUAAUUAAAAUUAUUGAGUGUAGCUGAAUAUGCACCAGAAUCAGUAUUUUAUUUUGUAAACAUUAUAGACUCUUCCUCCACAUUUAAGUCCAUUUGAAUAACUAAACUUAGAAGAAGUUCAAUCAGAAAGUGAAGAGGAUGAUUAAUAAUAGAAAGAACAUAAACCUUAUUAAAAUAAUAAAAAGUUGAAAGAAAGACAGGCUAAAUAAUAAGAAAAAGAAACUAAGAAAUUAGCUGAAACUAUGUUAAAUAGAAAGAAUAAGAGAUUAUAUGAUAUGAUUAAGAAGAAAGAAGACGAAGAAAAAUUAAAGAAGAAUAAACUUUAAGAAAAGAAGAAAAUGAUACAAAGUAAAUAAUAAUGA